AUGGAUCGUUUUCCAUGUGCUGAACAUUUGAAUCUGGAAGAGGUCGAUUAUGAACUUGCGAUUCGAGAUCGGUUAGGGGAUGUUGCGCGUAAGCUGGAGUUGCCCAGCAAACAACGGAUCUUGCGAACGAUUUUCCGUGAAGAUUUGUCACAGAGGCGAAACUAUCAAGCCAGUGAUUCAGUUUCGGAUUACUUUUGUCACAUUGGGGAACAAUUGUCAAGCAUCGAAAGGUCGAUUCAACGGAAGAAGAUGGAUGCCAAAAGUGAAUCACGCUUGUUACACUAUUGGUACCGCUCAAAGCGUCUUCAGGCUACUUCCGAGGAUCAGAAGAAAAUGCGUAGGGACUUGGUUCGUAGAAUUGAAAGCGUCAUGAGUGCGAACAGAGUAGUACUCCCAGCAACACCGGUGAAAGAGCAGAUUCGAGACCUACUUACACAAAACGCAGGGCCUUCAGGGAACACUAGCAUGACCCAAAGUCAAACGGGUAGUCUACGAAAUAGUCUCGGGGCAAUCCAGAAAGAAGGCAGGCCUUCAGGUGACAACAAACCAAGCGACGCAGUCACUGAGAGGUUGGGUCAAAUGGAGGAUAUGAUGAAGGCGAUGUUGGCGUUAAUGGCCGAUCAAGAGGGUGGCAUGCAUGGGGUUAAUUUUGACGGUGUCUCUACUCCUACGAAAAUAAAACAUCGGCAGCGAAAUGACGAUCGCUUCGACCGUAGGCGAGCACACCAUAGCGACAGCGAGGACGAGAGCGAAGAAGAGCGGUCGAUGUUGAGUAGCGACGCGGACAGCAGAAUCAGCGAUUUUGGUAGGAGGGGUAGACACACUGGUUCUGAACCGGAAACGCACAGAAGUAGUAGGCGACGAACCCAAUUGAGGGAAAGGGGAGAUCAUUUGUACAGGGUAGAGAAAUGGAAAAUUAAGUUUUCUGGGGAUCCUCGUUCUUUAAGCGUGGAGGAUUUUCUGUACAAAGCGAACAAGCUAGCAGAGAGGGAAGGGAUUCCGAAAGAAAGAUUGCUGGGAGAUAUCCAUCUUCUAUUGGAAGAUUCGGCAUCCGAUUGGUUCUUCACCUAUGUCGAUAAUUUCGAUACGUGGGAACAAUUUGAGAAACAGAUCAAAUGCCGGUUCGGGAAUCCGAACAAGGAUCAGGGAAUUCGGCAGAAGAUCAAAGAUAGGAAACAACAGCGAGGGGAGUCUUUUGCGUCAUUCGUAACGGAAAUUGAAAAACUCAAUCGAAUGCUCACGAGACCGAUGUCAAGAAGAGCAAAGUUUGAGGCGAUUUGGGAUAACAUGAGGCAUCAUUAUCAAUCGAAGGUUUCAGUUGUAGAUAUCAAUUCCUUAGAAGAAUUGAUAAGGAUAAAUCGUAAAAUUGACGCUACGGAUCUUUCUCUUCAAAAUUCGUGGGAACCACAAUCGAAGCGACCGGUUAAUAAUGUAGAAGUCGGUGAGGAUUCCGAGAAAGAGUUUUCGGAGGAAGGGGAGUUUACGGGGGUGAAUGCACUGAACAGUCGUCCUUUCAGGCAAAAUACAAACCAAGCUCAACCUCAUUCCAGGACCAAUCAAAAAUCAAUCAGCAAACAAACCAACUACAGCAGCCGCGACAACAACAGUUUUCAAACAAUAAUUUACCCACAGCAUCGGCCUGUUGGAAUUGUCACCAAGAAGGUCAUGGGUGGAGAGAUUGCUCCAAACCGAGACAAAUGUCCUCACAUUCGAGUCCAUGUUUUCGAUACGGAAAUCGAUGCUUUGCUGGAUUCAGGCGCUGCCAUCAGCGUAACGAACUCUUCGGAAAUGGCAGAAAAAUAUGGCCUGAAAAUUCUUCCGGCGGCCGUUCGAGUCAGCACAGCAGAUGGGACUGAGUAUCGUUGUUUAGGGUAUCUAAAUUUGCCAUAUAAGUACAAGGAAAUUACUAAGAUCAUACCAACGCUUAUUGUACCACAAAUUUCCAGAAAACUCAUUCUAGGAGCGGAUUUCUGGGAAAGUUUUGGAAUUCGUCCUAUGAUUGAUAUUGGAAACGGACCGGAGACGAUUGAAACCUUAAAUGCGGUGACAGACGCUCUGAUCUGUUUCAAUAUUGAACCAUCUGGCGAACUUCCAAAACUAACCCAGAAUGAGCCAGAUAAAACGUUGGACGUGCCGACGUUUGAUCCGCCAGAAGAACCUGUGCCGGAGAACAUCGAGACGGAGCACGAUCUGUCAGACCACGAAAGAUGCGAGUUGAUUGAAGCAGUAAAAGACUUCGAGUUUACAGCCCCGGGAAAACUCGGACGAACCCAUCUCAUCGAGCAUGAAAUCAUACUCAAGGACGACGCAAAGCCAAGGAAUCAGCCCAUCUACAAAUGUUCUCCUUACAUCCAGCGAGAAAUAGAUGCAGAGAUCGAACGAUUCAAGGAGCUGGGGGCAAUUGAGGAGUGUUACAGCGAGUGGACCAAUCCUUUGGUUCCGGUCCGUAAAUCUAACGGGAAAAUCCGAGUAUGCCUGGACUCGAGGAGGAUCAACUCGAUGACCAUCAAGGACUCUUACCCGAUGCAAAAUAUGCAGGACAUUUUUCAUCGUUUAGAAUCGGCCAAAUUUUUUUCGAUAAUCGACCUGAAGGAUGCGUAUUUUCAGAUACCCCUCAAGGAAGAAAGUCGAAAUUACACAGCCUUCCGGACGUCUAAAGGGUUGUUUCGAUUCAAGGUGUGUCCUUUUGGGGUAACGAAUGCACCAUUUACCAUGUGUCGCCUAAUGGGCAAGGCUUUAGGGUUCGACCUACAACCUCAGGUGUUCGUCUAUUUAGACGACAUAGUGAUUGCUACCAAAACUCUAACCGACCAUUUAAGAUUAUUGCGAGAAGUUGCAAAGCGACUGAGAAACGCUGGUCUAACCAUUUCUCUAGAAAAAUCACGUUUUUGUAGGAAACAGGUCAUGUACCUGGGGUACUUACUCACGGAACAUGGGGUUCAAAUCGACCAGUCAAGAAUUCAACCGAUUUUAAAUUACGCCAGACCGAAAUCCGUAAAAGACGUUCGUCGCUUAAUGGGACUUGCUGGGUUUUACCAAAGGUUUAUCCCUAAUUACAGCAGGAUAACAGCCAAUAUCACCGACCUGUUGAAGAAGGAGAAGAAGUUUUCUUGGACCCCAGAGGCAGAGCUAUCUUUUCAAGAAUUGAAAACAGUUUUGACUUCAGCACCUGUACUUGCAAAUCCCGAUUUUGAGAAGCAAUUUAUGAUCGAAUCGGAUGCUUCGGACAACGCGGUCGGAGCUGCGUUAGUUCAAAUGCAGGAAGGCGAGACACGAGUUAUCGGAUAUUUCAGCAAGAAACUGAGCGCAACUCAGCGCAAAUAUUCGGCUGUGGAGAAGGAGUGUUUGGGUGUCCUCCUUGCGAUCGACAAUUUUAAACACUAUGUAGAAGGCACACGGUUCAAAGUAGUCACCGACGCACGGAGCCUUCUCUGGUUGUUUAAAAUUGGCGCGGAAUCGGGGAAUUCAAAACUCCUUCGAUGGGCUCUUCGGAUCCAGUCAUUCGACAUCGAACUUGAAUAUCGCAAGGGCAAAAAUAAUAUUACCGCCGAUUGUUUGUCGCGAUCGAUUGACGCACUAUCCCUUGAAUCAGAUGUUGAGUACCAGGAACUUGUAAAAGACGUUACAUUCAACCCAGGAAAAUAUCACGAUUUUCGCGUUAUCAACGGGGAGAUAUGGAAGUACGUGAAGUCGUCAAAUCACCAGACGGAUCCACGAUUCACUUGGAAACGUUAUCCACCAUCUUCGGAAAGGAAAGACCUAAUCCAGCAGGAGCACGAAAAGGGACAUUUUGGCUACGAAAAAACACUGGCUGCGCUAAAAGAACGUUAUCACUGGCCUAAAAUGAACGCAGAAGUCCGAAAGUUCUGUAGGCAGUGCUUAGCGUGUCAAACUAGCAAAGCAGUGAACAUCAACACCACUCCACCCAUGGGUUCGCAGAAGCCAGUCGAAUAUCCUUGGCAGUUUGUAACACUGGAUUUCGUUGGUCCACUUCCGGCUUCCGGCAAAAACCGAGCAACAUGCUUAUUAGUUGCGACCGAUGUUUUCUCUAAAUUCGUCUUAGUGCAACCGUUCCGAGAAGCAAAAGCUGGUCCGCUAUCGGAAUUUGUAGAAAAUAUGAUUUUUCGUCUAUUCGGGGUACCGGAAAUUAUUUUAACGGAUAACGGAACACAGUUUACAUCCAAAACCUUCACCGAUUUGUUGAAAGAGUACCACGUAAACCACUGGUUAACACCCGCCUACCACCCACAGGUAAACAACACAGAGCGGGUUAAUCGCGUGAUAACCACAGCGAUUAGAGCGACUCUUAAAAAAGAGCACAAACACUGGGCAGAUGACAUCCAGGCGAUAGCCAAUGCCAUCCGGACCGCAGUGCACAAUUCAACAAAAUACAGUCCGUAUUUUGUAGUAUUUGGUCGAAAUCAAAUAUCCGAUGGGAGGGAGUACGCCCAAAUACGAGACAAGGUCCAAGGGGAAGAACGCACUGACGAAAGUGUGUCGAAAGAUCGCCAGAAGCUGUUCGAGGAGGUUCGCGAAAACUUAACUGCUGCCUACAAACGCCAUGAAAAAACGUACAACUUACGGUCAAAUGAAAACUGCCCUCGAUUCAUUGCGGGCGAAAAAGUCCUGAAAAAGACCUUCGAACUGUCCGAUAAAGCUAAGGGUUUUUGCAGGAAACUUGCACCAAAAUUUGAACCAUGUGUGAUUGCCGGAGGAAUCGAUCUACCUACACCCCGAACACGACGGUUCAAGGAAAGGAUCACGCUGAGCGUACGCCAUCAUCAAACCACCCAACAACUCGUGGUACGUUUCGACCGACGAGCAUACCGUAGAUCGGCGAAACGGCAUACGCGCGACGGCCACCCAGGAGUAAUUGUUCCACCCUAUUGGAGAACCCAGGGCAACUUUUCCGGAAAACCAUCCAACUUCCGGAAAAUAACAGGUUUGAGCAGCCAACCGAAUUCGUCUGCAGCCUCCCAUUCUCAAGCCUGCCACCACAGCUCAGUUGGUUCGGUCAGUGCUUAA